AUGGAGGCUUUAAAGAAAAAAAUUCAGCGCCAAAAAUGGAUUAGACUGCACCAACAAUUCAAGCAGGAUUUAAGAUUGAAAAAAUUCAAAUAUGUCAAUAUACUGUAUUGUUUCAAUUUGUUCUUGUUAUUUUGUUUACAAAUCAUUGCAUUAUUUUUUUUUUUAAAGGGGUUUUUAUUGCAAAAAACAUCAUCAAAUAAUUACGCAAAUUCUUUGUCUAAUAUUGAUAAUGUUUUGGAAAACAAUCAAAUUUCAAAUUACCUUUUUAAUAAUGACUCAAGUUUAUUCAAUGUGUCAUUAAAUCAACACUCUCAAAAACCUUCAUUUGAAAAAUCAAUAAUUGUGAUAAUUGAUGCAUUGAGAUUUGAUUUUGUUAUUCCUUCCAAUAGUUCAAUUUCUCCAUCAAUUCAAACCUCACAAUUUUACCAUAAUAAUUUUCCAACUCUAUACCAAACUUUUAGUUCUAAUCCUCAAAAUUCUUUACUUUUAAAAUUUAUUGCUGAUCCUCCAACAACAACUUUACAAAGAUUAAAGGGUUUAACAACCGGUUCAUUACCAACUUUUAAAGAAGCUGGAUCUAAUUUUAAUGGGAAUGAUAUCAAUGAAGAUAACCUAAUCUACCAGCUAUUUAAUAAUAACAAAUCAAUUUCCUUUUUAGGUGACGAUACUUGGGUCUCUCUAUUUAACAAAUAUUUAAAUCAAAAUAUAUCAUAUCCAUAUGAAAGUUUAAAUGUUUGGGAUUUACAUUCUGUUGACAAUGGUGUUAUAAUGCACUUAUUUCCUUUAUUGAAUUCCUCUGAAAACUCAUUUGACUAUAUAAAUCUAAACACAUCUACUUCUUUACCAUUUUCAAAUUCAAAAAAACAACAUUUAUAUAACAAUUCAAAAAACUGGGAUAUCUUAAUUUCACAUUUUCUUGGUGUUGAUCAUGUCGGUCAUAGAUAUGGACCAUCAAAUUAUGAAAUGAUUCCAAAAUUAAAUCAAAUGGACAGUAUUCUUAAAAAAUUGAUCCAAAAUUUAUCAAAUGAUACUUUAUUAAUUGUUAUGGGUGAUCAUGGAAUGGAUGUUAACGGUAAUCAUGGUGGUGAUUCAAUCGAGGAAUUAGAAUCUACUUUAUUUUUUUAUUCAAAGACACCUAUUUUAAACCAUACUUCAAAUGAUUUAUUAAUAAAUCUUAACCAAAAUAAAAUUAAUAAAAAUAUUUAUGAUAUCACUAAUAAUGGUGAAAACUAUAGAUCUGUUAACCAAGUUGAUCUUGUUUCAACCUUAUCCUUAUUAUUAAAUUUACCAAUUCCUUACAACAAUUUGGGAUUACCAAUUGAUGAAUUAUUUUUAAACCAUUUUAAUUCUUUUAAUCAUCCCGAACUAUCUAAUUUUCAACUAAAUUUAUUGAAUAUCAUAAAUCUAAUGAAAAAUCAAUUUAUAUCAAUUAACCAAAUUCAUAACUAUCGAUUGUCAAAUCCCGAUUUAAAAAAUGAUAUUGAAAUCAAUAAUCAAUUUCAAGCUAUUCUUAAAAAAUAUCAUCAAAUUAAUGAUAGUUUUUAUAAAAUUUCUUUAAAUCAAACAGCUUCUGAAGACGAAAUUGCAACAAAUUAUUUUUCUGAACAAAUAAAAAAACUCAUCUUGGAUAUUAAAAAUUAUCAAUCGAAUUCUUUAAAUAAAUGUCAAGAAAAAUGGGCUCAAUUUAACAUGACUUAUCAAAUUAUCGGUAUUUUACUUUUUUUUUCUUCUCUUAUUGUAUUAGUAAUAAUUUCAAAAUUAAUUCCUUCAGUUGUUAUAUCUCAACUUAAUGAUGAAUUUCUUUCCUCAAUUAUUUUAAUGAUUUUUUUAAUGGUAAUAAUUUUUUUGUCUGUUUUUUUGAUUUUAAAACCAACAACAAUUUUUGAGUCUCUUUUAGAUUGUUUCAUUUUUAGUAUUGGAUUUGGUAUAUUUAUGGGCUAUUUGAUAACUAUAUUUGAUAGAUACUCUCUUUCUUGGUUAAAGUUUCAAAUUAAAAAUUUUGCAAAAGAUAAUGAUUCUGAUUGGAGUUUUACAAACAUAGCUUCAUUAAUUAUUUUGGGUUUUGUUUAUACCUCCAACAGUUUAAUAAUAUGGGAAAAUAAAAUUGUUAAUAUCUUGCUUAUAACAUAUGGAGUUUUAUUAAAAAAAAUUAAUUAUAAUUUAGCAUUCUAUCAUUCAAUUUCUUUUAUAAUUGUUCAAAGACUAUCAUCUACAGUGAAAGUUUGCAGAGAAGAACAAAUAAACUUCAAUUCAAAAUUAAUGAAAAAAACAUUAAUUAAAAAUUCAAUCAAAAAGUAUUUUAUUGACAAUUAUCAAUCAGCCUCAUUUAAACUUUGGUUUCAAAAGUUCUUUAUCAGAUUGAGUUAUUUGGUUUUAGUAUAUUGGUUUUUGGAAUAUUUGGAAGUUAAUCAAGAUGUAAAUGUGAAUUUUUUCAAAAUAUCAGUUAACAUAAUAAAAGAAUUUAAAAUAUGGAUUGCAAGAAUAAUAUUUUUUAUAAGUAUGGUUUUGGGUUCAAUUGCAUGGUUGAAGGGUCCCUUAUGUAUUAAAUUAGUCAGUAGCAAUGCAGAUUCUAAUGAUAUUAAUGGAAAGAACUCGAAAAAGAUUUUACUCGGGUAUAAUAAUUUAUUUGGAUCUACAUAUUUCUUGUUGAUUUUAAAUUUUCUUAUUAUGAUACUUUUAGUGAAUAAACCAUUAGGAGGAAUUUUGAUCUUAUUAUUGGUGAUACAAAUUUUAACUGUUUUAGAGAUAAUAGAUAUAUUAAAUUUGAAAGACAAUAUGAUAUCUAUAAUAUUGUUAAAUUUGUUGGGCUUAUCAUAUUUCUAUUCAACUGGACAUCAAGCAACUAUAUCUUCAAUUCAAUGGGAGUAUGCUUUUAUGCUAUCAAAAUCUAUACGCUUUCCAUUUACACAUUUUACAUUGAUACUUAAUAAUUUUGGAAGUUUUAUUUUGGUAUCCAUCUCGAUAGCAUUGAUUAAAUUUUGGAAACUAACACCAAUGAAGGAAACAAAGCCUAUUUCGUUGAUAUCAAAAAUAAUUGAAAAUUGGUUAACUUUACUAAUGAUUCAAACAUUUUUAACAUUAAUUUCGAUGAUAAUGGCAAGUCAUUUUAAAAGACAUUUGAUGGUUUGGAAGAUUUUUACACCAAGAAUGUUGAUGAAUCUUUUAAUUUUAAUAAUAAUGAAUGUAAUUAUACUAUUUAUAGGGAUUUUUUUCGGCGUCUCGAGACUAAUAUAUAAAGUCAAUCAAGUGUUUGGCUAA